AUGGCAAACGAUGGCAGUCGCAUGUUUGACGUGCGCGUCCUGUCGAACAAAGUCGACGUGGGUUCGCAAUCAGGCACGCUCUGGUCGCUCAGCUCGCAGAAGCCCGGCUACGGCGUCUCGCAGCUCCGCCAUGCGGAUUUGGACAAGCUGUGGCAGAGCGACGGGACCCUGCCUCAUGUAAUCAACAUUCAAUUUGCCAGGAGGACGGCUGUCACUCACGUGUCCAUGUACAUCGACCACGUCAAGGACGACUCGUAUACGCCCACAAAGGUCCGGAUCCUCGCUGGGACACACUACCACGAUCUCGUCGAGGUGCGCACCCGCGAAUUCGACCAGCCGCAGGGCUGGAAGCACUUUGUCCUCGACAAGAAGGGCAACGUCUCUGAUUCCGACGAGUCGGACGGGUAUACUUCGUCUUCUGGCUCCUCUUCCUCUGGCUCCUCAUUCUCGUCCUCGUCCUCUUCCUCCUCGUCGCCGUCCUCAUCGUCAGCGGCAGCGUCCAGCAAGCCCUCGUCGGGAACCUCGGACUCAGGCUCGGCACGGGGCUCGCACGCAACGGCGGAGCGCCAACACCGCGCUGCUCGGCGGCUUCAAAAGCGCGGCGCAAUCGACCCAGCAGAGCCGGCGUCGCAGCUGGCGGGCCACGUUGCCCAUGGUGUCUCGCGCAGGCACCCGCCCAUCUACACGUACUAUCUUCAGGUCUGUAUUUUGGCAAACCACUCUUCGGGCAAGGACACGCAUGUCAGGGGUCUCAAGGUCUGGGGACCACCCACGAAAGCGAGCAGAGAACGGGUCAAGAGGCAGAGGAGAAGGCGGAGGAGGGCUCGGGGGAAGAAGCGAAAGGGUGAUGAGGAAAGCGAAGACGACGGGAACGCCGCGAUGAGGGUGGGGACAGCUGAAGACGAAGAAGAGGGAGGGAGGCGGAAGAGGAAGCAGGAGAAGCGUGCGCAAAGAGCAAAGGCAAGGAUCAUGCAAUGGGCAGAGAGGGAGGCGGCAUCUGCUUCAUCGACAGGGAUGCAAGUCGAUGGCGGCGAUGCAGACGAGGAAGACGCUGAAGGCUGGGAGGUCGUACCCGGCCCGAUCCGAGAAAGAGUCCAUGACAACGGUCGUGGAGGUGCCGACGGUGGCAUCCUCCGUCGAGCACCAAUGCUGAGAUAA